AUGUACGUUACUCGUUACGCUCCAAUUCAGAAUGACCUGAAUGACCGAUGGAAACAUGGUCCAGAGUUUCUUAGUUCCCCGGAAGAAUUGCCACAGAAAACAGCUGUUCCCGAAGAAGAGCUUGUUGAGGUGAAUACGGAGCGGUGUAAAGCAGAGAUCGUCUGCAAGUUAACACUGUCGAAAGCCGAAGAAGAGACGAAUAUUAAGAAGUUUUCGAGUUGGAGACGUUUGAUAAGAGUUACUGCCCGAAUGAAACGACUGGGUCGAGAAGCGCAAGAAAAAGGGGGAGAAACAAAUGACGUACAAAGUUUGAACAUGGCAAGCUUGUUGGCCACCCAGGAGCUGCAUGAAGCUGAGGUAUUUUGGAUCAGAGAAGCGCAAAAAUGCGUAAAUAAUCAUUUAGCAAAAGGAGAGUUCAAGUCUCUUAGCCCAUUCCAAGAUGAGGACGAUGUGAUCAGAGUUGGUGGACGAGUAUAUGAAGCAAUCGUUACCUUUGAGUGUAAGCAUCCAGCUUUAUUACCCCACAAUCAUUGGAUUUCCUACUUGAUCACGUGCAAAGCACACAAGUUUGGCCACAACAGAGUGGCAACGACAACCGUGAAAACACAAGGAAAGUAUUGGAUCCUAAGAGUGCAUGAUCUCGCCAAGUCGAUCAAGUAUUGUUGCGUAUUCUGUCGAGAAAUGAAACACAAAGUUGAGUCGCAGAUUAUGGCUGACCUUCCACAGUUACGUCUUGUACCCUGUACACCCCCAUUCCACACGGCAUGCGACCACUUUGGACCAUUGAUUGUUAAGAUCAGUCACAAUAAAACAGCAAAACACUAUGGAGUUGUCUUCACCUGCCUCAACACAAGAGCAGCUAAUCUGGAACUCGCUUUGGAUUGUUCAACAAUGGAGUUCUUACAAUUCCUCAGUAGAUUCAUGUCAAUCAGAGGUCAGCCAACAGUCAUGAGUGACAAUGGAACCCAAUUUGUCGGAGUUAUCAUCCCAAAGGCCCCACACCAGAAUGAAAGCGCUGAAGCUAUGGGGAAGACAUGCAAAAGGGCGUUAAAGAAAGUGAUUGGAGAUCAAACAUUGACCCCCUUCGAACUGUAUACGUAUUUGCUAGAGUGUGCAAACUUUGUAAACCAACGGCCUAUCUGCAGAGUGCUAAACAAUCCUGAUGGAUCCUAUCUGUGUCCAUAUGAUGUACUGCUUGGGGCGAGCAACCUCUGA